AUGCGGGCAGUAUACUUUUUCAGCCUAUUUCUGAUUACCACCUUGGUGGUGGUGGAUGGAAAGUUCAAGAGUCUUUUCUGUACCUGUUACGAUCCUGAUUUUGGAGAAUUUCCACUGUGUAGAAUCAAGGCCAUUAAUAGGUACAGGAACUCGAUUGGCAUUACCUUCUUGCAGAAACAGAGAACAGAAGGCGGUACGGUUCGAUUGGAGCUUUUCAACAGGGCCAAUGGCUGGCGGCCCUUUCUGUACAACAUUUCCGCUAACAUCUGCGAUGUGUUGGACAAAAACAAUAAUAUAAUCAUGGCAAUAGGCUUGGCCUACCUGAGACCAUAUUUAGGCCCCAGUGCGGGUUGCCCUUUCAAGGCUAACGACACGUUCAAGUGUGUGGAUCUUGAGUUCGAGUUUGAUCAUUUUCGAACUCGUUUUCCCAUCGAGACUGGGGAAUAUGCAUUGAAACUGAGUUUUUACUACCGUAAAACCCUUAAACUUUCCAUAAACGGUUCGGCAGAGUACUCCAACUACAGAGAACAUUAA